AUGGUGUGGAAAUGGCUGGGCGCGCUGGUGGUGUUCCCUCUGCAGAUGAUCUAUCUGGUGGUGAAGGCUGCCGUCGGACUGGUGCUGCCCGCCAAGCUGCGGGACCUGUCUCGGGAGAACGUCCUUAUCACCGGCGGCGGGAGAGGCAUCGGGCGCCAGCUCGCUCGCGAGUUCGCGGAACGCGGCGCCAGAAAGAUCGUUCUGUGGGGCCGGACUGAGAAAUGUCUGAAGGAGACGACGGAGGAGAUUCGGCAGAUGGGCACCGAGUGCCACUACUUCAUCUGUGAUGUGGGCAACCGGGAGGAGGUGUACCAGACGGCCAAAGCUGUCCGGGAGAAGGUGGGCGACAUCACCAUCCUGGUGAACAACGCCGCUGUGGUCCAUGGGAAGAGCCUGAUGGACAGUGACGAUGAUGCCCUUCUCAAGUCCCAGCACAUCAACACCCUGGGCCAGUUCUGGACCACCAAGGCCUUCUUGCCACGGAUGCUGGAGCUGCAGAACGGCCACAUCGUGUGUCUCAACUCCGUGCUGGCGCUCUCUGCCAUCCCCGGCGCCAUCGACUACUGCACAUCCAAAGCCUCAGCCUUCGCCUUCAUGGAGAGCCUGACCCUGGGGCUGCUGGACUGUCCCGGCGUCAGUGCCACCACCGUGCUGCCUUUCCACACCAGUACCGAGAUGUUCCAGGGCAUGAGGGUCAGGUUCCCCAACCUCUUCCCGCCCCUGAAGCCGGAGACCGUGGCCCGGAGGACGGUGGAAGCCGUGCAGCUCAAUCAGGCCCUCCUCCUCCUCCCGUGGACGAUGCACGCCCUCAUUAUCUUGAAAAGCAUACUCCCACAGGCUGCCCUCGAGGAGAUCCACAAAUUCUCAGGAACCUACACCUGCAUGAACACUUUCAAAGGGCGAACAUAA